AUGCGCUGGGAGCUAUUUGAACAUGUUCACUGGACUGAACUCAUGCAACCAUGUGUAAGGCCUCAGAGAGUUGGCUUGAAAUUCCCAAAGCCCGACUUUACCUAUGGAUUUCCCAUCAUCGACCCAGACGAUCCCGUUCACAAGAAAUACGCAAAUCACCGUUCGGUCAAGAAUUUCUCCAUCCCAGUCCUACACAAUCUCAGAAAAGAAAAGGGCUUGAUAUCCUCUCCAGGAACGGCGUUGGGGCGAUGGAAAGGUACAAUGGGGAUGCUCAAUGCAGCAGAUCUAAUGUGCUUUCCUUGGGCUGUCGUCGAGGUAAAGCCUGCUGGUGCGAAUCCCGGGGCCAUAAACUACUGUUAUUGUCAAGUUGCAAAUGCUUCCGCUGCUGCUCUUAUCUUUCGAGAGGAACUGCUGCAGUCAGCUUCGAAAAAGACUGAUCCUAACCCGGAUGCUCUUGUCAUCUUCUCUUUCACCUGCAUUGGUCUCGACGUCAGGCUCUGGUUCACAUACAGGACAGAAGAGAAAGUUAUUGUGAAAUGUGUGUGGGCCACUUCGCUGAAGCUCUUAUGGGGUGUCUUUGCUCUACGCAUGAUUAUUCAGAACAUGUGUGAAUGGGUAAACGGAGAUGUCAGACUUGAGCUUGUUACUUGGAUCGAGCGUGCAAGAGGAUUUAAACCAAGCGAGGUUUUCCUCUACCCCAGCGGUAGCCCUGUCGAGCUGAGUACACCUACUACAUCCAGUCAAGCACAAUCUGGAAGCCUGCAGGGCAACUAUCUUGGUUUGCCAAAAAACCCCAGUGCACCACAAUCUAAGGAUCUGUACGACCCUUUCAUUGGUUCACGCAGGCAGCCCAGUGCAUCAAAAUCUGGAGGUCUGUUCAAAGAUUAUCUUGCUUCAAUGAGACGGCCUAGUCCAGCACAAUCGAGAAGUCUGCAAGGAACUCCUCUUGACUCAACAAAACGGCCCAACGCGCCAAGCCAUACGUCUAGUACAUCCAAGACCUCCAACCGCACGUCUAGUACACCCAAGAGUUUGGUAUUAGUUAUGUAG